AUGUGUCACGAUUUCCGAUCUUCUUUUCCUUCUUCCUCGUCACCAUUUACGCUUCUCUCAACCCCUCCGACGUUACACUUUGACCAACGUUCGAUCAACGACGGAUCGGUGAGUGAUCAAGAGACAAUACUGGAUUCCCCUACCGAUUCUCUUUUCCACGGAAUACCACCCGAACGAAUCUUCAGCUCAGUCACUCAGGAAAACCCACGUUCAAAAUCACCUAGAAAAGGUGGUAAGCGAACUACUUCGUCAAACAUUAUCUCUCCCCCUUCUUCCCCAAUAAUACUACCAGUAAGGAAAAAGAUCAAGAUGGAUAUGAAUAUGGCAAAAGCAGGAUCGAUGGCGGCGGCAUCAGCCUUUCAAACCCCGUUAGCUACGUAUGUAGCUCAAAUGGUGGUAUGGCUUUGGUACGGUGAAUUCUCACCAUCUCCGCAACUUCCUCCUUCAUCACCACUUUCGAGCUCCCCAAUACCGAACGACCCAUUCGAUGUAGCGCAUGCCUCCUCUUCCCGAAUAUCAACAUUGAUGGUACAACCAUCACCGCAAUUCAGCAAAUUCGUUUCUCGCAUGCUCACUCUUACAUCUGUAUCUCAUAGUGUGACUAUCGUCGCCCUAUUAUAUGUUUACCGCCUGAAAAUGAGGAAUACCUUCUUCUCCACACCGGGCAGUGAACAAAGACCGUUCAUAGCUGGAUUGAUGUUGGGCAAUAAGUAUUUAGACGAUAAUACAUAUACGAACGCAACGUGGGCAGAAUUAGCGGGGAUGUCUUUACCAGAUAUUAACAAAAUGGAAUCUGAAUUCCUUGGUGGAUUGAAUUAUCAGCUCGGUGUACCAGUGGAGGAGUAUCAAAGAUGGAAGAACUUACUGGAUGGGUUCAUGACCUCUCGAGCUCCAUCUAGUGCUCUCGGACGACACAUCCGUCGAGUUUCCGCUGGAAAAUCACCUCUCAGUACCACGACAAUCAACACUCCCACCUUGUUUGACCCUAUACCAUCGAUGUAUCGCGCUCGAUCCGCUUCUCCGCCUAGGAUACAACCGCCACAUCACAGUGCUGGUUAUGCUUUCCCUCCCGGAUGCGAACAUGCCAGGAAAAGGUCUGCAGUCGACGCUUCGAUGCAUGAUCCUGAAUCCUCGGCUGCGAUAUACGAAUCACUACGCAUGCCAUCUCGCAAAGCGGGCUUCACCCAACCACUUCAAUCGACACAGCAUCUUCAACCCACCCUCUCCGUUGUCAGUGCGAGACCAGCCACUGCUGAACAAGCCUUCGGGACGUCAUCAUCAAAUCGAUCAAGUUCUCUCAGUAGACAACAAGGCAGGUUAGUCCCUCAGAAAAGCGGUACGUACGGAAGGAGAGGAUCAGUUGGACAUACACUUCCUACAUCUGUGGGCUUGAUGUCUCAGCAGCCUUCCCCCGAUACAGGAGAUGUACCCAUGUUCUCCUCUAUACCGGCCGAGUGGAAUGGAGGGAGAGCACUAUUAGCCCCUUACGAGAAUCAAGCUCAACUACAACAUGUACCACCGGAGCAUAUGAUGUUUUACUCUCUUGCUGCUGCACCUCAUCCCGGAGCAGAUGGAGCACCACGCAAGGCCAUCUUACGAUAUCAAGAACCCCAAUCAUUCCCCUACUCGUAUCAAAAUCCCCCUUACGCUUCUACCGCUUAUCCUGUCCCUCCAUCAGCGACCACUCCGUCAUACCUGUACGAGGAUGUGACCAUGUACGAUGCCAACAACAGUCCUCAGACCGCUUACCCUACCAACGCAUAUCAGUACCCUCCAAUACCUAUUGCACAUCCUGGACAGUCUGUGCACUCCUAUGGACCAGGCAUGUACGAUACUUAUCAAAUGCCCGUUGCCUGGUCACCUACACACGCCUUUCCUGAACCAGCGCAAUUCGCCAACGCUGGUCCACCAGGAUUCAGUUAUAUCCCGAGUGAAGCUACAUGGAAGAAUCCUUCGCUUUAUGGAUCACAUAAUCCAGCAAUGAUCGGCCUGGGUCUCAACACCAACAUCAGUACAACUUCUACUCCUGGUAUGGGAUCAAAUGGGCAAACUUCACACGACUACAAUGGAGCUGGAUAUCAUACGCCAGCAGGAAUGGCAAUAACACCCGUCAACGAAAGAAUGCUCAACCAGUGGGGAUCAAGGAGUGAAUGGUCGAGCCCCAUGUUUCCAAGAUAUGGAUAG